CUUAUCGUCAUACUCGUAUAGCACCAGCCUGGUUACAGCCCCUUCUUGAGAAGGGGCGUAUCGCCCCCAAACCCCCUAUCUCUCUGAUCUCUCUCUUUCUCUCUCUAACCUAUCUUCCCCAUCUUUCUCUCAACCUCAAUGUCUGAAACAUCUACACCAUCAUCUUCAUCACCAUUAACGUCUACCCAGUCUCAUCAGACGUGCCAUGGUCGAAGAAUCAUUAACACCAGUUUCAUCACCAUUAGCAUCAUUAACAUUAUCGCAAUCAUUAGUAAGCAAUAUCAUAUUACUAUCUUCAAUAGCGGAUUUAACAACCCUUACUUUCAUUUCGUCGAUCCUUCUUCUCUCAUUUUUUUCAAUUUUUUUCAUUCUCCAUUUUCGUUUAAAAAGUCAUCAAUCUCAGCAUCUUAAGGAUUUCAAUUCUCUCUAUACAGUUAGAAUCCUUUUCGUUUCUUUCAUUUCCUUUUGGGCUAUCAAUGAUAUAUUACGUCUUCCUUAUUUAAUCCCUCCCUAUUUUCUUUCUUUUUUGUAUAAAUUUCCUUCUCUUAGCCAACAAGUUAAUCUCUGUAAAGCCCAUAUCGUAUUAUCUCAAGGGUUUUUUCAACCUGGGUUUUUUAUUAUUCUUCUUUUUCUUGUCAAUAUUUCUGCUAAAAAGAAAAUUAAAAAAAAUAUUUUCUGUAGAGCUAUUUUGGUUUUAUUUGCAGUUUGUAUUCCACUUUUGGCCUUACAAAUUUUCUUUAUUUUCUUUUCUACUCGAUUGAUUAAUUAUCCUGAGAUCUUAUUCAGAGGAUUUCAAUUAAACGGUGUUGAUGGGAAGGUAAUAUGUACGUACCCAUUGAUGAGUACUAUAGUUUUCGCGAUAUUUGGAAUCAUUUACAUGAUAUUGUUUACAUCAGCUUGUUGGAAAGUUUGUUCUAUCGUGAUCAAUAAAGGCUUGAGGGUCAGAAUAUAUCUAUUGGUGAUUACAGUCUUGUUUUCAGUUUCCGCACAAAUUCUAAUUCUUACUGCCUCAGCACUUUGGAAAUCACAUGAAUUACCAUUUGAUUGGUUAGGAUUUGUUGUAUUUCUCAGCGGAUUAUUGUGUGCUGUUGUUGGUGAGGGCAUUUUGGUCAUUAAGCCUAUUGCGGAUGCUUUAGCCGUUGAUAGCCAAUUUUAUCGCUGCGACAACGACUACCGGUUGUGAUGAUGUAUGCUUAUUGACAAGAGAGAUUUGGACGACGACCAGAAGAGGUACAGGAAGGAGAGGGAGAGGGGGAAGGAGAAGGAGAAGGAAGCGUAACCUUACCAAAGGUUUUAACGAAAUUAACUUGGUGGUCAUAGUCUGGGUGGUCAGCUUGAGGUGUAACGAGCUAUUGGGAACCAUUACCUCACAGGUCACAAUCCGGCGAAUGAAAAUUAUACCAGGUUAGAAAGCAAAAUCUGUGGGUCUUGGGUGUCUUUGUAUGGUCGCCGGAUCCGCUCAAUUACGUAUGAAAAUGAGGCUCCUGCCUGAAUCUCGUGUUUGUACGAGAUUUAGGUGCGCUCGUGUGACUCUUAGUGAGUAUUUUUAUUUUAUAUAUAUAAGCAACGGCCUUCAAAAAGGAUAAUGAUCCUCCUCAACAAUUGGUAGAAGUUAAAUUAGAGGUGCAGAUCAAUACAUAGUACAAUUGUUUUUUUAGCCCAUUGCGGUAGCGCAUGAGCAAUAGAAUUAUAUAAAAGGUUGGAAAGUAAAUAAACAAACAACUUGUUAGAGCAAUGCUCGGUUGAACCCACAAGUUUUACUAUCUCAA